AUCUGCACAUCCCGGCGGCGAUCACCAGUUUUUCACAACGACAUAGGACAUCUCGCCAACGACCACGGACAGACUGCAGAGACAGCAGUCACCAACGCCCAGCUCUCCAGCCAGAAUUUGUCAUUCGAGAAGGGCCUUGUUUUCAUCCCAUCGCAUCUGGGGGAUCCCGUUCCCAUCCUGGCACCUGCCUGGCGCUACUACUGCAUGCUUUUGCGUCCACCCACUCACUCACUCGCUCACCAACAAACUCACCUCUGUCCCUCGCUCAAGCCUCGACCACGCCACCAUGCUCACAGAAGAGUUUGUCUCGUCGAUUUGCGGACCGCCUCUGGCCGCCAACACCGCCAUCUCAAAGGACAUUGGCAUCUACACGCAGACCCUCACACCCACCUACACAGUCAAGUCGUCCUUUAAGAAAAGUUCCAGCCCAAGACACGGCCUCGCGUUUAACGAGACACACAUUUUCAGCGCCCAAGAUGGAAAAGCGCACGUCCACGUCUAUUCACGGCUGCGUGGCAACCAGGAAGCCCUCAUCUCGUUUGCCGAGCGGGUGAAAAGCACAGCCCUCGCUGGCCAAGUGCUGCUAGUGGGCACUACCGAAGGGAGGCUGAUAGCAUGGGAGACUUGCACGGGACGUCAGGUCACGACGCCGCCCUGCCAUGUGCAGCCCAUUACUUGCAUCACCGUCACGCCGCAUCACAUACUCACCGCAUCGGAUGAUUCCAACAUCAACGUCUGGGCCCGGGCCACGCUGCUCGACCUCGACGCCAACAAUUCCGAGCCAGAGCCUCAGAUCGUGUUGUCGAACCACCGUGGUGGCAUCACAGACCUCGUGGCCGGCCCUGGCCUGGCCGAGUCUAGCUCCCUAUGUGUGUCUGCCAGUCGAGAUAAGACAUGCAUAGUAUGGAACUAUCGAACGGGACAGGUAUUGCGGACCAUCCUAUUUCCCACCGCGCCAUUGUGUCUGUCACUCGACCCGUGUGCGAGGGCACUUUAUGUUGCGGCAGAAGGCGGUGCGAUGCACCUCGUCGAGUUUUUCGGAGAGAAGCCUCUUCUUGGCGGGCGUGCCGCUGAACCCCCGAGCAUCGUCGUGCAGGCCAGCGAGCCGCUCGCCGUGGCGGAUGACGAUGCUGGGGAUUUCAACUGUCUCACAAGCAGCUACGACGGGACAACGAUAUUAACAGGUCACGCAAGCGGGAAAAUCCUCCGAUGGACCCUGGCGCCAAACGCGCCGCCCACGUUGCUGGCGAACCUGAACGCCUCGGUGACAAAUCUGGCGUUCACGCCGCUCAUCAGCGCGGAAAGGAAGGUGAAGCCUCAUACCGUGGUGAAGCCGAACCAGGUGCAGAAACAGCAUGUCUUGACAGCGCAGCUGCAGGGUAACUUGAUGGGGCGGUCGCGUUUUGAGGAGAUGUUGAAUGCCCCGGGAUUUUCGGAGAAGACGAUCCAGGAGGCGUUACUGAGCUUCGAGAGCCAUGGCGCCGAAGGCGAGGAUGGUAUGAAAGUACCUCCUGGCAUGGUAGAGUCGAUGAAGGCGACGACAUUCGCAGGUUUAUAGCAUUAGCUGCCUCAUGAGCUUCGCCACUGCCACUGAUAGUGCCGUCCUCUGGGCUAGACGGUCGUGAAGGCUGUGAAGUACGAUCUACAAUAAUCUACCUUCAUGAAAGUAAUAAAUUUGAGCGAUUUGCCAAUGUCGAUACAACAAUAGUCCCCUUGGUUGCUCUUCCUACCUGUAGGUAUUCCUGCUCGGACUUCUAGUCGGUGCAGGUGGUUCUUCCGGCCUCGGAGCUCGGUAAAUUCUCCACCCGUCGCAAACACCGGGGCCGACCUUUCGCAAAC